UCGGAGACUUGCAGGCAGCAAACACGGUGCGAACGAACGGGAGGGGGAAAAAAUUAAAAAAAAAAGCUAAACGUGGAGCAGCCGGCCGGAGAUCGAGCAGGAGAAUCGAUGCGAAAAGCGCAAUAAAAAAGAACCCACUUCGGAGCAAACAGCAUUUAAAAAGCUACGACUCAACUGAAACCUAAAAUAAAACCUGCUCAUGCACCAUGGUUUUUCAAACUCGGCACCCUUCAUGGAUUAUUUUAUGCUACAUCUGGCUGCUCCGCUUUGCACAUACCGGGGAAGCGCAGGCUGCAAAGGAAGUACUACUGCUGGAUUCUAAAGCACAACAAACAGAGUUGGAAUGGAUUUCUUCUCCACCCAAUGGGUGGGAGGAAAUCAGCGGUUUGGACGAGAACUAUACCCCGAUCCGAACGUACCAGGUGUGCCAGGUCAUGGAGCCCAACCAAAACAACUGGCUGCGGACUAACUGGAUUUCGAAAGGCAAUGCACAAAGGAUUUUUGUAGAAUUGAAAUUUACCCUGAGGGAUUGUAACAGUCUUCCUGGAGUACUGGGAACUUGCAAGGAAACCUUUAAUUUGUACUAUUAUGAAACAGACUACGACACUGGCAGGAAUAUAAGAGAAAACCUCUAUGUAAAAAUAGACACCAUUGCUGCAGAUGAAAGUUUUACCCAGGGUGACCUUGGUGAAAGAAAGAUGAAGCUUAACACUGAGGUGAGAGAGAUUGGACCUUUGUCCAAAAAGGGAUUCUAUCUUGCCUUUCAGGAUGUAGGGGCUUGCAUAGCUUUGGUUUCUGUCAAAGUAUACUACAAGAAGUGCUGGUCCAUUAUUGAGAAUUUAGCUAUCUUUCCAGAUACAGUGACUGGUUCAGAAUUUUCCUCUUUAGUCGAGGUUCGAGGGACAUGUGUCAGCAGUGCAGAGGAAGAGGCGGAAAACUCCCCCAGGAUGCACUGCAGUGCAGAAGGAGAAUGGUUAGUGCCCAUUGGAAAGUGUAUCUGCAAAGCAGGCUACCAGCAGAAAGGGGACACUUGUGAACCCUGUGGCCGUGGGUUCUACAAAUCUUCCUCUCAAGAUCUCCAGUGCUCUCGUUGUCCCACUCACAGUUUUUCCGAUAAAGAAGGCUCCUCCAGAUGUGAAUGUGAGGAUGGGUAUUACAGGGCUCCAUCUGAUCCACCGUAUGUGGCCUGCACAAGGCCUCCAUCUGCACCACAGAACCUCAUUUUCAACAUCAACCAAACCACAGUAAGUUUGGAAUGGAGUCCUCCAGCCGACAAUGGGGGAAGAAAUGAUGUGACCUACAGAGUAUUGUGUAAGCGGUGCAGUUGGGAGCAGGGCGAGUGCGUUCCCUGUGGGAGUAACAUUGGCUACAUGCCCCAGCAGACCGGAUUAGAGGAUAACUAUGUCACUGUCAUGGACCUGCUAGCCCACGCUAAUUAUACUUUUGAAGUUGAAGCUGUAAAUGGAGUUUCUGACUUAAGCAGAUCCCAGAGGCUCUUUGCGGCUGUCAGUAUCACCACUGGUCAAGCAGCUCCCUCGCAAGUGAGCGGAGUGAUGAAGGAAAGGGUGCUGCAGCGGAGUGUGGAACUUUCCUGGCAAGAGCCCGAGCAUCCCAAUGGAGUCAUCACAGAAUAUGAAAUCAAGUAUUACGAGAAAGAUCAAAGGGAACGGACCUAUUCGACAGUAAAAACCAAGUCCACUUCAGCUUCCAUUAAUAACCUGAAGCCAGGAACAGUGUAUGUUUUCCAGAUUCGGGCUUUUACUGCUGCUGGUUAUGGAAAUUACAGCCCCAGACUUGAUGUUGCUACACUAGAGGAAGCUACAGGUAAAAUGUUUGAAGCAACAGCGGUCUCCAGUGAACAGAAUCCCGUUAUUAUCAUUGCUGUGGUUGCAGUGGCAGGGACCAUCAUUCUGGUGUUCAUGGUCUUUGGCUUCAUUAUUGGGAGAAGGCACUGUGGUUAUAGCAAAGCUGACCAAGAAGGGGAUGAAGAACUUUACUUUCAUUUUAAAUUUCCAGGCACCAAAACCUACAUUGACCCUGAAACCUAUGAGGACCCAAAUAGAGCUGUCCAUCAAUUCGCCAAGGAGCUAGAUGCCUCCUGUAUUAAAAUUGAGCGUGUGAUUGGUGCAGGAGAAUUUGGAGAAGUCUGCAGUGGUCGUCUGAAACUUCCAGGGAAAAGAGAUGUUGCAGUAGCCAUAAAAACCCUCAAAGUUGGUUACACAGAAAAACAAAGGAGAGACUUUUUAUGUGAAGCAAGCAUCAUGGGGCAGUUUGACCACCCAAAUGUCGUCCAUUUGGAAGGGGUGGUUACACGAGGGAAACCAGUCAUGAUAGUAAUAGAAUUCAUGGAAAAUGGAGCCCUAGAUGCAUUUCUCAGGAAACACGACGGGCAAUUUACAGUCAUUCAGUUAGUAGGAAUGCUGAGAGGAAUUGCUGCUGGAAUGAGAUAUUUGGCCGAUAUGGGAUAUGUUCACAGAGACCUUGCAGCUCGCAAUAUUCUUGUCAACAGCAAUCUUGUUUGCAAAGUGUCAGAUUUCGGCCUGUCCCGGGUUAUAGAGGAUGAUCCAGAAGCUGUCUAUACAACGACUGGUGGAAAAAUUCCAGUAAGGUGGACAGCACCUGAAGCCAUCCAGUACCGGAAAUUCACAUCAGCCAGUGAUGUAUGGAGCUAUGGAAUAGUUAUGUGGGAAGUUAUGUCUUAUGGAGAGAGACCUUAUUGGGACAUGUCAAAUCAAGAUGUUAUAAAAGCAAUAGAAGAAGGUUAUCGUUUACCAGCACCCAUGGACUGCCCAGCUGGCCUUCACCAGUUGAUGCUGGAUUGUUGGCAAAAGGAACGUGCUGAAAGGCCAAAAUUUGAACAGAUAGUUGGAAUUCUAGAUAAAAUGAUUCGAAACCCAAAUAGUCUGAAAACACCCCUGGGAACUUGUAGUAGGCCAAUAAGCCCUCUUUUGGAUCAAAACACUCCUGACUUUACUACCUUUUGUUCAGUUGGAGAAUGGCUACAGGCUAUUAAGAUGGAAAGAUAUAAAGAUAACUUCACGGCAGCUGGCUACAACUCCCUUGAAUCUGUGGCCAGGAUGACUAUUGAGGAUGUGAUGAGUUUAGGGAUCACACUGGUUGGCCAUCAAAAGAAAAUCAUGAGCAGCAUUCAGACUAUGAGAGCACAAAUGCUCCAUUUACAUGGAACUGGCAUCCAAGUGUGAUUAGCGUUUCUCCCUUACGAGGGAGAUCACGGACUGCGAGAGAACAGUACUGGCCUUCGGGAUAUGCAUAAGAAAUGCUGCUAGAAGACAGUUGAUGUCCUGGGUCCUUCCUACAGUGAAGAGAAGAUUUAAGAAGCACCUACAGACUUGAACUCCUAAGUGCCACCAGAACACAUAAAAAGGGAAUUUAGGAUCCACCCCUGGUGGCCAGGAAAACAGCAGUGACAAUAAACAAAGUACUACCUGAAAACAUCCAAACACCUUGAGCUCUCUAACCUCCUUUUUAUCUUAUAGACUUUUUAAAAUGUACAUAAAGAA